AUGCAGCACGCCGGCGGAGACCCCGCUGACCUGGCGGUCCUGCUGACCCUCAAAGAUGCGGAGGUCAGCUCCCUCAGGCAGCAGGCGUCCCAGCUGGCGGACGAGCUGCGGCGCAACGUGGCGCUGGUGUCCGAGUUCAAGGAGCAGGCCGCCCAGCUCGAGUCGCAGCGCGAGCAGGAGGCGCGCCGCGCGGCAGACGUGGAGCAGCGGCUCGCGGCCUGCGAGGCACAGAGGGAGGCGGACUGCGAGGCAAUGCGGGCGGCCGUGCGCGACGCGGACGGGAGGGCUGCCGCACAGCUGCUACGCGCGCGGCAGGAGGCGGCGGACGACGCGCAGCGGCGCGCGGCGCUGCUGCAGGCGCGCCUGGAGCGGGCCGAGGACUCAGCGCAGCGCAUGGCGGCCGAGGCUGAGGCGGCGCAGACCGUCGCGGCGGUGAGGGGCGCCGAGCUGGAGGAAGCUGCCAGGCAGCUGGCGGCGGCGGUGGAGGGCGCAGCUCGUACGGAGGAGUCGCACCGCCAGCUGGUGGCUGCGCGUGACUCAAAGGUCCUUGAACUGCAGCAGCGGCUGGCGGCGAUGACGGCCGCGGGCCAGGAGGCGUCGGGGGCGCAUGAGGGGCAGCUGGUGCAGCUGGUGACGACCCUGGGCCAGCUCAAGGACACGUGCGCGAGCCAGGCCGAGGAGCUGCGCGGCUACACCGAGGAGCUGCGGCGGCUGAGGGACGAGCGGCGCGGCCUCAAGGCCGCCGCGCGCGAGGCGCGGGCGCAGGCGGAGCAGCUGCGGGUGGAGAAGCAGGUCAUGGAGGGCGCGCUGCAGCACGAGGUUGCGGCGCAGGCGGGGGCGCAGGCGGAGCUCGCGGUGCUGCAGGCGCAGCUCAAGGAGGCGGUGGACGAACUGGAGGAGCGCUGCAAGGGCGCCGAGUCGCGGGCGUCGGCGCUGAUGGGGCGGCUGUCGGAGGAGCGCGGCCGCCUCGUGGACGCGGCUUGCAGACUGGGCGGCAGCUGCGGCGCCGGCGGGGACCUCGCGCGGGCGCUCGAGGCCGACCCCGCGCACACCCAGGCGGAGCUGCAGCGCGCCCAGGAGCGCGCUGCCAGCGUCAGGGAGGACCUGUCUCUUGUGCGCUCCUCGCUGCUGCCCCUGCUCGAGCGCGGCGCCGCGCGGCAGCCGCCGGCGGGCAGCAGCUUGGCAGCGCUCGCCGCGGCGAGGCGGAGGCGGCAGCAGCGGGAGGAGGCGGGCAGGCGCUCGCCCGGCGGAUCGAGCGGCCGCGAUGUGGCCGCGGGCGACCCGACGCUGCAGUCGGCCAUGAAGAGCCCUCUCGCAGCUUCACGGCAGCUGCCGCAGGGCACGUUGGCCGGGCUGGUUUCGGGGCUGUGCGCUGACGUGGACAGCCUGCAGGGCCAGCUGCGCGCAAGCCGCGUGCGCGCCGGCAAGCCAGGCGGCCAAGCGCGCGCGAGCGAAAGCAUUGACGACGGCGACGCGCUGGGCCGGGGCGGCGACGCCGAGGGGCGGUCGCGGUCGCGGCGGGCGGUCUGCGCGCGUGAGUGGACAAGGCAGCAGGCGGGCUGCGGCGGCGCCACCGAGGGAUGGCCGAGCAGCUGCAGGUGA